GUGACCUAUGUGACGUCUUUCCACAAUGAGUACACCGGAAGAACCUGUCAAGAAGCGACCAAAAAUGACUACCUCGCAGCCGAAUAGAACCGAGCAGCCCAAACAGGACAAGGAGGAGGAGGUACGAUGCAGAUAUUUCGUUCAGCGAAAGAAACGCUACUGCAAAAUGACCGUCGGCAGGGGAAAACUGUACUGUGGUGAGCACGAAGUAUCCGCACCGGCCAGUGAAUCUGCAACCAGUACCGAUAGAAUUCCAUGUCCACUGGAUCCGAAGCACUCCAUCUCUUCGGCCAAACUCGAGAAGCACCUGCGAAUUUGUAACGCCCGAGCUAGGGAACUGCCAGCCUAUAUCGAACCGGGCAUCAAUUCCAGAUCCGAUAGCGAUGAAGGCGAAACCCGUCCAAAUACCCGAAAACUAGCAGACGUGUCGUUGGAAGAUCUUAGAUCUUUAGUCGAAAAAGUUACCGAAAUCUACGAGACAGAUUCGCGAAUCAACUGCAUAGAAGAGCUACUGUUGGAACAUGCCAUCUUCAAGGAAGAAUUAGCAAACGAAUCGUACGGACCACAAACGCUAAAGCACCUGAUCCAGUCGGCUUCCCUGUUGGGAAUCGUCAAACAUGAACGCUUUUUCCAAAAGGACACAGCUUUCGUCGAAUUCGGCGCCGGCAAGGGACAGGUUGCUUUCUGGCUUGCCAGCAUUAUCCAACAGUCGAGUUCGGACUUGACAAACGCCAAGGUACUGCUGGUGGACAAGGCUUCUCACCGACACAAACAGGACAACCGGAUAGAAGACCGUCAGAUUGUUUACAGGAUCAGAGCGGAUAUAGCCGAUCUAGUGCUGCGAAAGCUGGACAUGCUGCAGAGCUGUAAAAGUGUGAUCGGUGUCGGCAAACAUCUCUGCGGAGGAGCCACGGACCUAGCCCUGAGAUGUUUAGUUCGCGCCAAUCGUGAACUGCCUAACGAAAGCGGACAGUUUCGCUCGGAAGGAUUUGUUUUCGCCCUAUGCUGUCAUCAUCGAUGCGAUUGGAAGACCUACGUCGGCAAGAAGUUUCUUCUGAGCAAAGGAAUCGGCCACAGCGAGUUCGAACUGAUCGUGCGAAUGGUAAGCUGGGCAGUUUGUGGCUCCGGCACAAGUAGGGAAAAGAGAAAACAAACCGAGACAGAUGACUGUGUAAAGUACGGAUUUACCCGCACCGAACGAGAGGUUAUAGGAAGGAAGUGCAAACGAGUGCUUGAUUUAGGACGACUUGACUAUUUGGCUCUAAAUGGCUUCACAGCACAUCUGAAAUAUUACGCCAAGAGUGACAUCACUCUUGAAAAUGUCUGUCUUAUAGGGCAUGUCAAAUAAACAGUUAAAAACUGAAUCCAUG